AUGAAUAAUCCGAAAGGACUGAAGAAAGGCCUGGUGCAACAAUGGAACGCUGCCACCAGCCCCAUGGAGAAGUUCGCCUUCCUGAAGGCGUUUUUGCUGGACAAGGAAAUGGGAAGCAUCCAAGUUGAUGCGAUGAGCGAGACAAAGGAUAAAGAGAAAUUCAUCGAGUUGCCACUGUGUGAGAUUAUGGAGAGAUGGGGCAAGCUGCCUGGGGGAGAGCAGUUUGUCAAGGAUAUCCAAGCCAGCCAGACUGGCAAGAGACACCCCCAAACGUCGGAUCCGAACUGGCGGAUCUAUCGUGUCUUCAAGGAACUGGAAAGUUCGAGCAUCUUGGCUGCAUAUCUCGGCAAUAUAAGGUUUAGCAUCAUGCUGGUAUCACUGACACAUAAAUCCUUAUCCAAGGCGGAUCCAUAUCUCGAGUCGGCAACCGGCUUACGGCUUCGCAGCAGCUCUCCAACAACAGGGCGGAGAGGCAAGCGGUUGCAGAGGUUAUGGAGGGAAAAGUCGGGAAUAUGGGGAAGAGCGCGAUGGAUUCGAAAGAGAAGAAGCAGCCAAAGGACAAGAAAGAGAAGAAGGCUGCCUUCACAGUCUGCAGUGCAAUCAGCAAACAUAGCUACAUAG